UUGACAUCGAAGCACCACCAGUCAAUUUCUUUUUUCUUUUUUUAAGCGGGACAACGAAGUAGGCUACGAUUGAACUCCUUUCCCUUUUACACGAAUAAAUUCGCAGGAACAAAGUCAUACUAUACUAUUAGUACCCGGCACUAUUUGACACGACGCGCAUUUCGCCUCCCGAUAUCUCUCUCCAAACGUCCACCCUGGUAGCCCUUCAACGAAAAUAUUACAAUGACAAUGGUUGAACCUCCAGCCAAACGCGCGAGGAGGACAGACAGCUCGACCAUGUGGGAGAUGAAUGACUCGAAAUCUGUCGCGGGCGACCAUGAUAGCAAUGAGGUAGAUGGCGGCAUAUCCAGACGAGACGCGGGGUCGACCAGGGACGAUAUUAAACGGAGCAACGCACUGAGAGAUGAGCGUAGACAACGGUCUCGCUCUAGAGAUAGGGAUGGCCGGAGACGUGACCGGAGUAGAUCGAGAGAUCGGAGAGAUCGGAGCAGGUCCAGGUCCAGGUCCAGGUCCAGGGAAAGAAGGGAUAGGGAUAGAGAUAGGGAUAGGGCUGGGCGGAGGGAUAGAGAUAGGAGCGGAAGUAGGGACAGAUAUACCAGACGGGGAGAUCAUGGGAAAUCGGCUCGAUACCGCGAACGUGGUCGUGAUAGGUCAUGGACCCGAUCCCUUUCCCCAGCACUCUCACCUACACGAAAUGGUACUACAUCGACGCGACCUCGACGGUCACGGUCACCUCCACGGCAGCGGGGCGCGAGAACUGACCGUCGAGAUGCUGUCCGGGAAUCGGGGAGGGUGAAUGGGACUUCUGAAUCGAGACGGCAUGGUUCAACAAAGCCCCAGACCCAGCCUAUGCCCGACAGCAUGGCCAUGGAUAUUGAUGGUGCAGAUGGCGAUGAGUUGGACCAGUUGAUUCGGAAGACGAUGGGGUUCUCGUCAUUCCGGACUACUCAGAACACUAAAGUACCUGGAAACAAUAUCUAUGGCGUGCGCAAGGAGAAGAAGACCCAGUACAGACAGUACAUGAACCGGCAAGGAGGAUUUAACAGACCAUUGAGUCCGACACGCUGAACUGGAGCUUCUGUCAACUCAUUUCCUUCCUUUCUUCUUUGGGGUGAUUUUGAUCCUCUUUUUAUAUUUUACGUCUUACAGAGCGUUUCGAGCGAGCUCAUACCAAUUUUAUCCCUUUGUUUUCCUGCGCUAGGUCCAUUUAUGUGUUUAUCUGAGUAAUUGUUCAUGCACGUGUACCAUCUUGGGUUGGGCGUUGAUGGAUUGAUUCCUGGCAUAUAUUUUUCUGUAGCAUCUAAACUUGCUUCUGUUCUAUUUUCACUCCUUAUUUUCGUACCAUUGGAGAUAACUGUAGGCAAAGACUAGCAACCAAGAUUGUAGACUCAGGCUUUUAUCUCUGGGGGCUGGCUACCCUGGGAUUAUUAUUCUCCACCUGGCUCGUCAACAUUCACCAGUUCAAAGUGUCAAC